AUGAGCCGCGCCACAGGGGUUCUGUUGGGCCCACAUGAGGCUGAGAUCAAUGGAGAAAGAGUCAUAAGCGCUGCGUGCUCCGAUGGAGCGCAAUUCAGAAGGCUGAGCAUGGCAUGGAGCUCGGCAGCAAGAUUCCUUUCAGACACUCCUUCUGUACUUCCUCUUGAGAGUAUCAAUGGCAAUCCGCAAAAUCAGUCGAUAUACAUCCGAUUUAGGAAGAUGAGCGGAGUAUCUAUGCAAACACUACUUCAACGGCAUCAAAGUGCCAACCUCCCCUUCUCAGAGGAAGUGCUCCGCUCAUAUGCACUCCAGCUAUUGACAGGAAUAUCUGCUCUCGAACGACUCAAUUUCUGCCCGACCGUCUCACUUGAUACCAUACUCGUCUCUUCUAGCUUCUCUACCGAUCCGUGCAACGCUUCCAUGGAUGAUGCGCUAGACUACGCCGGUCUGCUCAUUCACGGAGAGUGCUUCUUAACGUGUUAUGAUCCAAUUAUUUCGACGGGGAAGAGUACUAGGGACUACGAUCUCCACCCCCCUCCUCUGGUGUCUUUUUCUCGUGUUUUUGAUGAGCUUUGCAAACUUCAAAAGCAGGACACAUGUGCUGGCAGUGUGCCAUAUCGUGUGAGCUCCAAACCUGGCUCAGGGUAUUCAAGGGAACUGCGGGUGCUCAUGCGAGCUUGUUCUCAGGAGCAUUCUGCAUUGCGCCCAUCUGCAUACCAUGCUUUGCAGUGGUUUAAACGGAUUCAUGCUGGGGUUGACCUCAGUUGUGUCAAUGGUAUUCCGACCGUGUUCAGUAUUACUCCAAGGGUGUCUCGCUCGCCCAGCCCGGUACGUAGUCCGAGUCCUAGCAGACUCGUCUCCCACCCAGACUAUCCCGCACUAUUGGGUAGCCAGCGCUGUCUAAGAGCCUAUCUUGAUAGUGAGCCUGACAGAAGUCUCGUUGAGGACCUCCUCGAGACGGCUGUUGCAAGAAGAAGUGUGAUGGGGAUAACAACUAUUUCUGAUCAUUCAAGAAGGAAACAGGUCUUUGCCACUAUCAAGCCUCGGGUGGGUGUUGCCGUUAUGCGGGAGACUGCUCUUAUGGCAGCGACCCGUGCUAAUAAUAGUGAAGCCGUACAACAUAUCUUAAAGACGUCUCCAGAGCUUCUGUGUUCAAUACAUUGUGGAGAUACUAGUCUGCGGAUAGCAUCCAGACGAGGUCUGUUUUCUAUAGUCCGCCUGCUGUUAAGUGAGCUUGGCAUUCGGAGCCCUGCCGGCUGGACCGCGCUGAUGUCUGCUGCACGACAUGGUUAUGAUGACAUAGUGAGGCUGUUACUCCCGGAGGCCGGAGCACAGUUACAGGAUGGCACAUCUGCGUUGAUGCUUGCGUGCAGGUAUGGCCACGCAAAUUGUAUAAGAGAACUGCGUGCCGUGGAGAAGAACCUGACAACAACCAAUGGAAGCUCUGCCGUUGACUUCAUUGCGGAGUCGUUUCACAACGGUACCCUGAGUAACGCAACAAGACAGAAGUGUCUAGAUGCGCUAGCUGGUGAGUAA